GGUUAGAAAAGAUUUGGAAAUUGGUCUGACAGAACAAUCAUGAUGGGAUUAAGGAAUUCAACUGCCUUGCCUGGUGGUCUUCUCCUUUUAAUUGUUGCACUUUUGCUAUGCCAUGUGGACAAAGUACGUACAGAACAUCAACCUGAAGAAACCAAUCAUUCUCAAGAAUGUUCUGGUACCUAUUUCUGUAAGAAAGGUGUAAUUUUGCCAGUUUGGGAACCUCAAGAUCCUUCAUUUGGUGAUAAAAUAGCAAGAGCUACUGUAUACUUUGUGGCCAUGGUCUACAUGUUUCUAGGAGUGUCUAUUAUAGCAGAUCGUUUCAUGUCAUCCAUCGAAGUUAUUACUUCCCAAGAGAGAGAGAUAACAAUCAAGAAACCCAAUGGUGAGACCAGCAAGACAACAGUAAGAGUUUGGAAUGAAACUGUCUCGAAUUUAACAUUGAUGGCUUUGGGCUCUUCUGCACCUGAGAUCCUCCUAUCUGUCAUUGAAGUGUGUGGUCAUGGCUUCAAGGCAGGAGACCUUGGGCCAAGCACUAUUGUAGGAAGUGCUGCCUUUAAUAUGUUUGUCAUUAUAGCCCUUUGUGUUUAUGUUGUUCCUGAUGGAGAAAUCAGGAAGAUUAAACAUCUUCGUGUGUUUUUUGUCACUGCAGCUUGGAGCAUUUUUGCCUACACUUGGCUAUAUUUAAUUUUGUCAGUUAUAUCACCUGGGAUAGUAGAAGUCUGGGAAGGUUUACUCACUUUCUUCUUUUUUCCUAUUUGUGUGGUAUUUGCAUGGGUUGCUGAUCGAAGGCUUUUAUUCUACAAGUAUGUCUACAAGAAGUACAGAGCUGGAAAGCAGAGAGGCAUGAUAAUUGAACAUGAGGGUGAAGGGCCACCAUCUAAGGCUGAUAUUGAAAUGGAUGGAAAGAUAGUUAAUUCCCAUGUUGAAAGUUUCUUGGAUGGCACUCUAGUCCUAGAGGUGGAUGAGAAGGAUCAAGACGAUGAAGAAGCAAGGAGAGAAAUGGCUAGAAUCCUGAAGGAAUUGAAACAGAAGCAUCCAGACAAAGAGAUUGAACAGCUAAUAGAACUAGCUAAUUAUCAAGUUCUGAGUCAGCAACAAAAGAGUCGUGCCUUUUAUCGCAUUCAGGCUACUCGGUUAAUGACUGGAGCUGGCAACAUAUUGAAGCGACAUGCAGCUGACCAAGCACGAAAAGCAGUCAGCAUGCAUGAGGUCAAUUGUGAAGUGGCAGACAAUGACCCUGUCAGUAAGAUCUAUUUUGAGCAGAGCACCUACCAAUGCCUUGAGAACUGUGGCACAGUAGCUCUAACAAUUGCUCGUCGAGGUGGUGAUUUGACCAAAACAGUGUUGGUUGAUUUCAGAACAGAAGAUGGCACAGCCAAUGCAGGGUCUGAUUACGAGUUCACUGAAGGGACAGUGGUAUUUAAACCAGGUGAGACACAAAAAGAAAUAAGAGUUGGUAUAAUUGAUGAUGACAUAUUUGAGGAAGAUGAGAAUUUCCUUGUUCACCUCAAUAAUGUGAAGGUGUCAGAGCAAUCUGAAGAAGGUGUUCUAGAGGGCAACCACAUUGCUACUGUAGCUUGCCUGGGGUCACCUGUUACAGCCACAGUUACAAUCUUUGAUGAUGAUCAUGCUGGCAUAUUUACUUUUGAGGAACCAGUCACUCAUGUAAGCGAGAGUGUGGGGACCAUGGAAGUGAAAGUGCUACGGACAUCUGGAGCUCGAGGAAAUGUUAUUGUGCCAUACAAAACAGUUGAAGGCACAGCCAAGGGAGGCGGAGAGGACUUCGAGGACACCUAUGGAGAGCUUGAAUUUCAGAAUGAUGAGAUUGUGUAA